AUGUACAUCACAGCAGUCCACUGGUCACUGACCCAGUUCACGCCUGCCGCCAUGGACGUAGUGGCGGUCACUUCUAUUGAGCGCACGUUUUCGGUGGUCGUCACAUUGGGAGGUUUGAUCGUUUUCAGUUUCUUCAUUGGAACCAUCAACCAAGCCCUCGCGAAAUUGAGACACGCCACGGCGCAAGAGCUGCAACAGAACAAGCUGGUGCGGCGCUACGUCUUCGAGAACGGUAUUUCGGUGGGUCUGGCUACGGAGAUUCUGACCUUCAUCAAGCGUCGGGGCGUCGGCAAGGUGGUAUUGACAAAACAUAAGACUCAUAAGAAGCGAAGACUCUACGUAUUGGUGCUUUGUUGCAACGUGGUCUUGAGCAUCACGGGAACUGCUGUGCUGGGCAUCUCAGCCCAGAUGAAAACCUUUGGAUGGAUCUUCACCCCCGUGGUUCUGGUGAUAGGUGUCUUGGUCACCUCCGAAAUGGUCCACCUGGUGUCCGAAACCAGCAACAAGUUGGAGAAGGAUGGCAUCGACAUUGUCUCCUACCAGGAUUUCGCCGAAGCGGCGCUGGGCCAGACGGGCUGGUGGCUUUCUGCGGUGUCCAGCACCCUGUCGCUCUUUGGGAUGAUCUUUGGAGGACUCAUCCUUGAGGCCCACAAUUUGCAGCUUACGAUGCCCAUCUCUUGGUCCUGGCCGCUGGGAGGGAAUGAGAAAGAUGCGGGACGCAAAUGGUGGGCGCUGCUAUUGACAUCCACCACCCUCUUCUACAGCUUUGUGGAUAUGGGCAGCCUGCUUCACAAUUCUGCCUGGAUUGGAAUCGUGUUGACCCUCUUCUGCAUGGUCUGUGUCUACGGUGGAACCUUUGACCAAUUCCAGUAUGGGCUGGACUUUAACGACAGCUGCAGGGACGGAGAGGGCAUGCCCUAUCAUUCCAUUGGCAUUAACGUCGCUGGGGAUGGGCCUUUUGAUUCCUUCCUCAACACCUUUUCAGUAUUUUCAUACAUAAUGUACGCCUUUGCCAUCGUGGUCACGCUCCCCACUCUGCGAAGCACAAUGCGGGAGAAAGCGUCCUUGACCUGGACGUGCGUGGUGGCUUUCCUUAUUGUGGCAUUGGAGUUCCUGGUGAUCAUGUUGGCUUCGUACUGGGUCUUCGGAAAUCUGGGUCCUGAGAAUAUCAUCGACGGCCUCAAGCAUCGACGAGACCAGUUUCCUGGAUGGUGGGCCACGGUGAAUCCUUGGAACACUGGGACGCCCACUGGCUUCGCAGAUGCCUUGGGAUGGGGACUCACGCUUCACCUGCUGUGCUCCGAUGCCAUCUAUGUGCCCGUGACGGUGGUGGCCACUGAAGCCCUGCUGCCUCGGAGCUGGGUCGCCCGCAGAUCUGUCAGCAUUACGGUGCGCGUCUUCGUGGCGCUGGUGCGACUCAUUGUGGCCGCGCAGGUGCAGGACUUCAUAAAGAUGACAAAUCUCACCUCGGCCGCCUGUGUGACGAUGAACAACAUCAUUCUGCCAGUGCUGUGUUUUUACGUCGUUGGGCCCCAUCGUUUGAAUGGCACCGGCGUCGGCUUUCGGUUCCAACUGAGACGGCUGGUGCAUGCGAUGAUCUUGGCCUUUGGCGUUUUCAGCAGCUGGGUUUUUCUGAGGAGUGCAGAGAGGCCUAUUGCGCUUUGCAUCUGCGAGAACCACAUUGUGCCAGAUGAGAAAAGGGUCCUGCCAAGAGCACUGCGUGACAACCUUCUGGAGGAGGUGAGCAUGCCUGUGCUGACGAGCCAUCCGUUGUUGCACUACCUCUCCCUGACGGGGUACUCCGAACUGGCGCGGCUGUGCCACAAGGCCAUCAAGGAGUCGAGUGUCGUGCAUGGAGAGGAGAUUUUCCAUCCCAACUCCGCGGCAGAUAGGUUUAUCUUCCUGAUGAAUGGCAGGCUUAAGUAUUGCAGCGACACCACGGAUAUGGAAGAUGUGAACGAGGGCAUGCGGAUCGCAGAGGCAACCCUGUGGUUGAAAUGGGAAUAUCGAGGUCGCUUGCACUGUGAGGAUCAAUCUGCAUAUUUCUUGACCUUAGAUGCGACAUUCUUCCGCAAGUGCAUGUCCCGGAGCUGCCUUUGCGAGAUUGUGACGAUGUAUGCCCGACUCUUCUUGCAGCUCAUGAUGGAAACGUACGGGCACACAGAGGAAGCUUCCGAUUUGUUUGGAAACGAGCCCGGGCAACUGGAGGGUCUGGUGAAGACGGUGAAAGGUGUGCAGGACGGUGCCGCCAAAUUCACGUCCUUGGGCCUUCAGAGGGGCCCCGAUUUGAUGGACUGCUUCGCUGCCUGGAAGGAGGCGCAGAAACUGCUGUAG